GUCGGCGUACACCUUGCCCCAACCCCACUCUUUAGGUCCGGUCAGACCCCACCCCAGAGCUUAACCUCGCCCGCAGCCCUGGGGAAGGAAACUAGACUUUUUCCUCCAAGGUUGGAUGAAGGAGUCAACCUUUCCGCCACUGCCCGGAGGUCCUCUGGCCCUGAGGGCCGGUGCCCCGACCACUUCCGCUCCCGGCGGGCCUGACACCGGAAGCAGAAGUGCGCAGCGGCGGCGGAUGGUGGCGGCUGUACUGGGCGCACGGCGCGCUGCGGUGGGAGUGUCUCCGGCCGGUCUGUAGGUACCCCUUGUUCGGGCCAACAGGACUGUCAUCCGCCUAUUGAAGGGGAAGUCACGAAGUAGAGCCCAGGUCCCGCAGCGAAGAAAUGGUGACACCAGCCGGCCCCAGCACUCACCCGUCUUCCCCGAUUUGUAGGCCUACCGUAUCUCCCAUAUGCAGGAUACCUGUUUAUUAAUAAAUCACGUUUUAUUUCAUAUUACGUUUCAGGUUAUCUAGCUCUGCAAAUGGAAAUUUAGGAAGGACACCUACUGAAACUUUAAACCCUGGCGCUGGUGUCAUGGAAUCAGUCACCUUGGAGGAUGUGGCAGUGGGGCUCAUCCAGGAGUGGGAGUUGCUGGAUGACGCUCGGAGGAACCUGUGCAGAUACGUGCUGCUGGACAACUGCAGGACCCUGGCCCCCUGGGGGACUCCACCCUGCAAAGCCUGUCUGGUCUCCCAGGUGGGUCCAAGAGAAGAGCUGAGGACAGCAGAACGAGGCAUUCUCUGUGCCACGGGUGUGGACUGGGAAUCUCAACUUAAACCCAAAGAGUCUACUCCUCUGCAGGAUAUUUUGGAGGAAAAUUCAUCCCAUGAUUUGCAAAUGGGGCUGGGGCUGGACCUGAGGAUGCAGAUCAAGCCCAUGAUGGGAGAGAGGGGGACACCUCUGACUCCAGGGGACCGGUCAGCUCUCCAGGAAUCACCUUGGUCUUCUGAAGACACAGGGCUGAAGGUGGCUGUGCAGAUUCAGAGGGUGGCCACACCGGAGCCUGCGCCGCGCCUCCUCAACCUGUUGGGCGCUGGGGGUUCUGCAGUGCCUGCUCAGGACCCUGCCUGGCUCCGGGAGGAGAGCACAGAGGAAGAAGCCGUGGCUCCUGGGACACUGAACAUUUGUCUGCAGGAACCAGUCACCUUUGCGGAUGUGGCCGUGCUGUUCACACCGGAAGAAUGGCUGUUUCUAGACUCUGCUCAGAGAAGCCUGUACAGAGACGUGAUGCUGGAGAACUAUAGGAACCUGGCCUCUGUGGGAGAUCAACUCUGCAAAGCCAGUACGUUUUCCCAUUUGGAGCAAAGAGAAGAGCUGUGUGUCACUGAGAGAGGGAUCUUCCCAGGAACCCACUUAGAACCUCAACUUCAACCCCAAGACUCAAUUCCUAACCAAGAUAUUUUUGCAGAGAUUCCAUCCAUUGGCACGAAAAGGGAGCAACCUCAGACUGGAGAAAAACUCUAUAAAUGCAAUGUACUAGGGAAGCCUUUUAAAAGCAUCAAACCACUUUUUCAGUACCAGAGAAUUCCUGCAGGAGGGAACCCAUGUGAAUGCCGAGAGAGUGGAAAAUCCUUCUUCCAGACCGCUCACCUAAUCAUGCCUGAGAAAAUCCACAGCGGGGAUAAAACCUAUGUGUGUAACAAAUGUGAAAAAUCGUUCAGAUACAGCUCCGAUCUCAUCAGGCACGAGAAGACUCACACUGCGGAGAAGUGCUUCGAGUGUCAGGAGUGCAGGCAGGCCUUCAAGUAUUCCUCGAAUCUGCGGCGGCACAUGAGAACUCACACUGGAGAGAAACCCUUCGAGUGCAGUCAGUGUGGGAAAACCUUCACGAGGAACUUUAACCUGAUCUUGCACCAGAGAAACCACACAGGCGAGAAGCCUUACGAAUGUAAGGACUGUGGGAAAGCUUUCAACCAGCCGUCCUCUCUGAGGAGCCACGUGAGAACUCACACUGGAGAGAAGCCUUUUGAAUGCGGCCAGUGCGGGAAAGCCUUCAGGGAACACUCAUCACUGAAGACACACCUGCGGACCCACACCAGAGAGAAACCGUACGAAUGUAACCAGUGUGGGAAGCCCUUCCGGACGAGCACUCACCUGAAUGUACAUAAGAGGAUCCACACAGGGGAGAAGCUUUAUGAGUGCGCCACCUGCGGACAGGUCUUGAGUCGUCUCUCAACCCUUAAGAGUCACAUGCGGACCCACACGGGAGAGAAGCCCUACGCGUGUCAGGAGUGUGGGCGAGCCUUCAGUGAGCCCUCAUCCCUCAGGAAACACUCGAGGACCCACACCGGCAAGAAGCCCUAUGCGUGUCAGGAGUGUGGGCGAGCCUUUGGCCAGUCUUCACACCUUAUCGUACAUGUGAGAACCCACACUGCAGGGAGACCGUACGAAUGUAAUCAGUGUGAGAAAGCCUUCAGGCACAGCUCUUCACUUACCGUGCAUAAAAGGACUCACGCCGGGAGAGAAAACGUCAGGACUGGCGGCCUGCCUUUAUCAGUGUCUCUUGCGUACGGUGGGCCCCAUGCUGAUUAACUUCCAAUUUGUAAAAACAUAAACAUCCAAGGCUGUGAUCAUC